AUGCCAAAAUCACGCCAGACCAACGAUAACGCUUCGAGACCCGGUGCGCCUGAGGGGGUUAAUCGGUCGAAACGUGGUUUGACAUGUGCCAACUGCCGAGUGAGAAAGACAAGAUGCGAUGGCACGCAGCCGGGAUGCAAGACCUGCGAGGUCUAUGGCGUGGAGUGUCGCUAUGAAAAGGCCCCACCCAUGUCGCAGAUCCUUGCCAUGGCCAAGAGAUUACAAGAGACUGAGCAAACCAUCGCUGAGCUGCGUGUCGCGUUGCACGAGGCAAGAGAGGCGAACUUGACUCAGCAUGUAUUUCCAAUGGAGCGGCAUAUUCCCAAUACGCCCUCAGUUGAUACCAGUUUCGAUAGCUCUUCUCACGCCGAGGCGAGCUCGACGACACAGGUGACUCCUGGAUCUGACAUGGCGCCGGAACAGGUGUUGCUUUCGGAUCUCAGUCUCGAUGAAAAUGGAAAGCUUUGCUACUAUGGUCCUACAUCCGCCGUCCACGCGCCACCACCGGCCGAAUCAACAAACAUAAAUGACUCGCAUUCGUCCAUGUCUGACGCCCGGUCACUGCUCACUUCGGCUGCUCUCGAGUCGAGAACCUGGGAGGAAUUCGCCUUAGGAAAUGCGGCGAUUCAAACCGACAUCCCUCGGCAGAUGAUAUCGAAACUGCUCCAAAUCCAUUGGACGUGGAUUGCGCCGAUGUUCAACUGGGUCUAUCGCCCCGCGUUCAUGCGAGAUAUGGCUGUCAGCGGGCCAUGUUAUUCUCCCUUUCUAGUCGUUGUCAUGUGUGCUCACGCAGCACGUUUUGACGAUCAUCAAACAAGUGAACUCUUGAUCUCAAGAGCACGUCUUCUCCUGGGCACCGAAAUACAUAAUCCCAGCAGCAUUCCGACUGCUCAAGGCCUUCUUCAGCUCAGUGCCCGCGAGCUCGCUUGGGGUUCGAUAUCUCAAGCAUGGCUGUACAGCGGCAUGGCUUUUCGCAUGGUUAGCGACCUGGGACUCCACCACAGCACGACUAAGAUCGCUACGCUUGGACACCUAACUGCGGAGGACUUGGAGAUCCGCCGACGCCUUUUCUGGAGCUGCUACUUCUGGGAUAAGGCCAUAAGCCUAUUUCUUGGACUGGAUGAUUCGGCAGAGAACGACCUAUGGGCACCGUACUAUGGUGAUCAAAUCAGUCCCGAUAAGGCACCCCCAGCGGAAUAUCCGCCGAUGAAGUCCCAUUUGGUUUCAAGUUUCCAAAAUGUAUGCAAACUUGCUGUUAUCUUGAACGACAUCAUCCUUCAACUAUACUCCCGCCGCGGAAAUAUCAACAUGGAUGAAGCGUUGAACAGAAUCCAGGGGAGACUUGACCACUGGAGAGAACAGUCGCCUGUGCAUUUAAGAUAUGAUCCGGCCAACUUGCCCCAAGUUUGUCCUCCGCCUCACAUUAUCACGCAAAAUUUAUUAUAUUAUACUACCAUUAUCCUGCUACACCGACCGUUUUCUUACAUUCCGACGCAUCAUGCCGCUUGCCGCACAGCUUCAGAUAGUAUUGAGAAACUCUUGCUUCUCUUUGAGAGGAGCUUUGGAUUCACUAGGAUCACUUACCUCAUGUCUUACUGCAUCUACACCGCCGCGUCCGUCCUGAUGCAAGAUGUGAAGAAAGGAGACUUCGACGCUCACGUCAAAAUACAGACAUUCCUUCAGGCUCUAAGGCAGGGGACUAGAGCAUGUCCGGUGGUACAACGGAGCCUACAUAUCAUCACUAACAGCCUCAGAGCCGAUGCAACGAAUGUGCCCGAUGCUAAACUCGCGUGUGCACCCACCGGACAAACCCCGCUGGCUAGAAAAUAUCUCCCGGCUUUUCCGUACCCAGAUCUUGACGUGGGCUACAGCACUAACCUGAACCGCGGAAGUACGGAUCUUGACGGUUCCACCUUAUUGGAUUGCUUUCCUGAAACUCAAUAUGGCGUUAUGGACUCCGGGGGAGAAUGCUUCUUCCCCACAGCAUAA